GUCCGUGACUCACGCGUCAGCGUUGGUUGUUUCUCUUGACAGUGAAGACGUGCUGGAGUUUGUGACUAACACCGAGUUAACGGGAAUAACGGAUACAGACUGAGAAAGGGUUCUUCACCAUGGGAGUGUCUUCCUCCAGCCUUUUAGACGAAACUAAAUGUAACUACAUCAGAGGACGGACCGAGGCUGAGCUGAACAACUUCAGCCCUCACUAUAAGAGGCAGUACUGUGUGGCGUUUGUCUCACAGCUGCAGGAUGAAGUGGAGCAGCAGCAGACGGUUCACACACAGCUCCUCAAACAGAAGGAGCCACCACAGGCCUCUGAUUUGGUGUAUAAGGACAGUGUACUGUACUUUGAUGACAGUAAGAAGUGGAAGGAGAGGUUUGUGACGGUGCGAGCAGACUACAGUCUGGAGCUUCAUGACAGCCAGGAGACUUUUGCAAAAGGAACUCCUGCACGUCAAAUCCUCCAACUAACAGGGGGCAUUGUGCUGACCUCGGAGGAGAAAUAUUGUGCUCUAGUGGACAAAGCCUUCCCUGACCUGAACAGCUCAAAAGAGGAGGCUGCUUCGCCAAUGGUGACCAUUCCAGGUCCGUUUCCUGUCUUCCUGAGACUUCCAUACAGGAGAGAUGCCUACUUCAGCUUCCAGGAGCAGGCCAAACAGAUUCACUUUGUCUCUAUUCUCUCUGACUGCAUCCGCCAUCAAAACCACGACACUCUGAAGAAGACGACAUGUGAAGUCCAAGCCUUCCUUAAGGCCAUUCAUUUUUACAGACAGGAGAAAGGACAUUAUGAAUCAUGGGAGAUGCUAGUGGGCACCGACUGUCAAGUGCUGGCCAACCUGGUGAUGGAGGAGCUCUUGCCAUCCCUGCAGACAGAGCUAUUGCCCAGGCUGAAGGGGAAAAAGGCUGAGAGGAAGAGAGUGUGGUUCAUGACGGUGGAGGUGACGUACGAGCUGGUGCAGGAGCAGCUGAAAGAGGGACUACAGAGACUGAAGGAGGAGUGCAGCGAGAUCGCCAAACUGCAAGAGACACUCAUUCGUUCCGACAUGGACCAGCUCAUCAACUCCAGCAACUUCCUGAAGUCCAAACUACAAGGCCUUGUCUCUGAGCCAGCGAUGAAGUUCUGCUCUGAGAGUGUAUCUCCGUAUCUGGCCUCUAUUCUGGAGGAGCUGAUGGCUCCGGUGAGUUCAGGCUUCCAGGCUGUGAGGCAGCGUUUGGAGACAGAGCUGAACCGAAUCUGCAAGGACUUCCAACCUGGAGGAACUAAAGAAGAACUUACUAAAGCUUUAGAAGAGGUGUCUCAUGCCCAGCUGGAGGACUGUUAUCAGCAUGUCUCCGUACUGAAGGAACAGCUGCAGGAGCUGCGCAGCCGCUUCAGGUUCUCCAACUCCACAUUGGUGGUGCAUAAGACACAGAGCCACAUGCAGCAGCUGAUGGAGAAUGCUGUGUACACAUUUGAGUUGCUGCUUCAGUCAGCCAUGAAUGAUGAACCUGACAAAUUGGCCACAGUCAUGGAGAAAGCCAAGCUCCGAGUGCUUAAGCAAUAUGACUAUGAUAGCAGCACAGUGAGGAAGAGGAUUUUCCAGGAGGCUCUGGUGGACAUCACACUGCCAGCCAUCAGGAGAAACCUGGCACCCAGCUGUAAAACUGAGCUGCAGAAAUAUGAGCAGUACAUCUUCGCUGAUUACACAAACUUCAUCCAAGUGGAGAACAUCUAUGAGGAUAUAAUGCUGAACACCCUGAAUAACGAAGUAGACAAAGUUGUGAAAGAAGCGGCCACUCUGAAGAAGCACAACCUGUUUGUGGACAGCACUGAGCUGCAGUGUCUUAGUCAGAGCAGUCUGAUAGACAGCCGCACUCCACCUCUCUCAUCCCCCUCCAGUCCAGCCAAAAUGCAAUCUGCAGUUGCAGCACAAAAAGCUGAGCAGAUUUCCAGCUCCUCAAUGGUGGACAAUGGCAGUCCAGAGAAGCAACCAUUGGAGAACAAGCAAGAGCUUGCAGAUGAAUCAUCUCAGACAGUUGAUGCACAACCAUCUAAGCCCAGUGAGGUUUCAGCAAUACCUAGUAUGCCUCCUUGUGUUUCUGCAGAUUCCCCAGAUCUAUCUAAGGUCCCUUCAAUAUCCAUAUCUGAUUCCUCAGAACUGAAGUGUGAAAUGUCUGUGGAUAAACCUGACAUGGUGUCCUGCACCUCAUUACCAGAAGCAGAUGAUGCUACAGCUCAGAGCCAAGCUAUGACUGAUUUCAACACUUCUCCUGUAAUUAUUGUGUCAGAACCCGAGUCGCUUGCAGAUCAAACCAUUUCUGUCCACCUACCAAUUGAGGUGAACGCAGAAUGUCCUGUUUCUCCAGCAUCUGUGAAAGAAAAUCAAAAUGUCAGUGUUUCAGAUGAGACGGAGGUUGAUGCUGCAAAUCAGUCUCAUUCUGAGAUCGGUGAUGAUGUGCCCGCACCCCCUGAGGAGCCACACAGUGAUACAGUCCAGCCUGAUACAACCAAUGCUGAAAAUCCUUCAGGUUCCCAGACUAAAGACACAGAUGACACUCAAACUGAAAUACCUUCCUGUGAUCCAUCUCCCUCUACAGUCAGUGAGAACGCAGCAGAGAGUGUGAUGGAGAGCUCCACCACUACCAACACAAACAGACUCCCUAAUAUCCCUGAUCUUCCAGCAGGGGGCGACAUGACUGAACAGUCUGCAAAGGUAGAGACUGCCCGAGACUCUUUCACUGAGGAUCAAGAAGCAGAAGAUCCGCUGGACAGCGUGAAAUCAAUCAGAGAUCUGGUGGUGGAAAUCAUUGAGGUAGAGGACAUUGUGAGUCCCUGUCCAGAUAGUAGGGUAACUCAAUAGAGGCCUCCAUAGUGAAUUAACUCCUAAGGGUCUUACUGCACAGGGGCUUUUACAAACAACUAAAAAGAAAAAAAACAUAUUGUGAUUGCAUCUUACUUAGUUACAGUUUAGACUGAAAAUGCUUUAUAUAUAUAUAUAUAUAUAUAUAUAUAUAUAUAUAUAUAUAUAUAUAUAUAUAUAUAUAUAUAUAUAUAUAUAUAUAUAUAUAUAAUAUUGUAAUUAAAUCUCAUCACAUUUUUUUAAGAUAAUAAGAAUAAAUAAAUAAAUAUAAGUUGACAUAAUUUAGUUAGCACUGCACUUUGUAUGUAACACUUAUUCAUUGUCUUUUGAAUAUCUCAAUUUUAUUUGCAAAAGCUUGUGUAUUAAUUAGUAUUACAUUCUACUUAAUUACUUUAAAAUACGAUCUCUAAUGAGGGAACAGUGUUUUACACGAUACAUCAGUGAGCUCAGUGCCACUGAGUGUGUAACCAUGUGUAGAUGAACAUUACUUCAUAUAUAUUCAUCUGUUUCAUAACUGCAAUAAACUGAUAUUUUCUACCUA